UCGUGUGCGAUUCAAGUCUGUCUGUGCGGAGUUACUUGUAGGACGAGGAUACGGAUGGUUUUAUCUGUGUUUUUUAUUGGAGAAGUUAUUUAGAGCUUCCUCCUGUUGGCAUAGGCUUUUACACAAUUUGAACCUGCUCAUGGUGGGAAGCCUAGUUUUUCAAGCAAAUCCUUAAAAACAUCGGUGCUGGACGCAACAUGGAUGUGGACAGUAAACGGCAGCCGAUAGCGGUACCAGACGAGGCGUCGGCGCCUUCCUGCAGGGUGUUCAGCUGCGAGGACCAGGCGUGGAGGAACUACGUGGAGAACCCCCUGACGGCGGCCACCAAGGCCAUGAUGAGCAUCAACGGAGACGAGGACGGCGCAGCCACUCUGGGGCUGCUCUACGACUACUACAAGCAUUGCCAGGUUCCCAGAGAAACAAAGUGUGCCACCAGUGGUUUCAAACCCGCUGACUACUCUGCAGUGGAGCUCAAGAGGCGCUCCAGCCGGGAUAUACUCAACCAAUACGUUCAGGCGCUGACCGCCAUGCCCGUCAACCUCUCCAGCAGCUACGGCACCGUGGGACAUCACAGCUUGAAGUCUGAGGCGAGCAGUGUCUCAGCGGUCCACGGUGGAGACGGCGUGCCGGUCCCCCUGAUCACGACAGAGGGCCACUCUGCCGUGCUGGACUGUGGUGGCUCCUACAAAGAAGACCCCGUAGAGGAGAAAAGGCUGGUCUACAAGCAGAGCCGCUACGGCUCGGCUCUCAGCGGCGGCCUUAAAAACGACCAGCGAAGCUCUCUGGACAGCUCGUAUGGGGAGUCCUUGAAAAAAGAGGUGUACCACAGAAGUCCCUCUGCAGGAAUUGAUGCCUCCCACUCCAUCCUUUCAGCCAGCAGGUUCCACUACAGUUUGGACGCCAGCAUGUCGCUGCGGCCGCGCCAAGACGAAGGUCCCAUGAUCUAUCUGAACCGGGGUCAGUUCUACGCUCUGACGCUGCGCGACCUGGGCUUCAGAUCCUCCCUGUGUCCGCCCCAGGACGACGCCCAGGGCGGCGGAGCGGCGCCGUCUCCAUCCAGAAGGGCGUCCAGCGGCGAGCAGUACGCCGACGGCUCCGAACGGGACACUGUCGUGCAGAGUGUCGUCAUGGUGGUUUUUGGAGAAGACAAGGGCAAAGAGGAGCAGCUGAGGAAUUGGAGGUACUGGCACUCCCGCCAGCCCACUGCCAAGCAGAGAGUCCUGGACAUUGCCGACUACAAGGAGAGCAUCAGCACGAUCGGGAACAUUGAGGAAAUUGCCUACAACGCCGUGUCUUUCACAUGGGAUGUCAGCGAAGUGGCAAAGGUGUUCCUCUCGGUGAACUCUCUGAGCACGGACUUCUCGUCGCAGAAGGGCGUGAAGGGGACGCCGCUGCUGCUCCAGAUCGACACCUACAGCUACAACAGCGGCAGCCGGCGGCCCAUCCACCGCGCCUUCAGCCAGAUCAAGGUCUUCUGCGACAAGGGAGCUGAGAGGAAACUCCGCGAUGAGGAGAAGAAACAGCUCAAGAAACGACCCAGAGCGGCGAAACACGUCGGCUCGGAGCUGACGGCGGCGGCGGCGAAGAAGGCCGACAGCACGCCGUUUCAGAGCACGCCGGACCUGGACUCCCAGCCGGUCCUCUUCAUCCCAGACGUCUACUUUGAGAACCUGCAGCGGGCGGGCCAGGUGUUGUCUUUCCACGCCGCCGACGUGGGCAGGAACGGGGCCGUGCUGAUGAAGAGAGCGCUGAGUGUUCCUGAGGAGAACGUCUCUCCGCCUCAGCCCAAGAAGUUGAAGAGAGAGGCGGAGCAGAAAGUCCUCCUCUAUGUGAGGAAGGAGUCCGACGAGGUGUUCGAUGCCCUGAUGCUUCACUCCCCGACCCUCGCCGCCCUGAUGGAGGCCAUCUCUGAGAAAUACGCCGUGCCCGUCGGCAAGAUGACCAAGGUUUACCAAAAGAGCAAGAAAGGACUGUGGAGGGAAGUCACGUCUGUACAGGCUUUGGAGACGGCGCUGGACCGAGACGAGCUGGAAACCGGGGCCUCGGCGCUGAGCUGGGAGGAGGACCUGGAGCGCCACGUUUGGCGGACGUGGGGAAAAUCCUUCCAUUUACUGAUUGAUUGAUCAGCUGAUCGGAGUUGACUUCUGAACUGUGAGAGGUGUAAACUGACCCAGAACACUUUUUCUUUUUUUAGACCAUCACCCUGUUUCAUUAGAAGUUCUGCAUCUUCUUGUACAGUUUUAGAUGUGUGUGUGUGUGUGUUGCUUUUCAGUGGAACUGAAUGAGUCUUGAUGGUUCUCAUUCUGUGUGUUGAAUGUUAAUACCAGCACAGCGACCGUGGCUUCACAAAGAGGAAGACUGCCAGUCUCCGGGAUGCUCCUACACUCUUCCACUUCCUCCUGCAUGUAUUUAUUGUUUUUAUUUUUCUCCUCUUCCUGGAGUCGCUACAGUCAUCGGUCUUUAUGACUUUUGAAUUUCCAGUUUUCCUCAGAGGCUCACCAGUGGACCGAUGCAGAUGUCUGAAUGAGUCAAUAAAUAUAGUUUUG